AUGGAAGCCCAAGGGUCUGCGGCGUUACUGAGCGAUGGAGGUGUACAUCAUUUCUUAGACAAUGACUUCGCUGAUAAUGUGCAUUUGUUAUUGGAAGAACAUCACAUCCCUGGCAUGAGCAUUGCAGUCGUGGAUAAUGGACGAGCCUCAGCGAAGGGAUAUGGGCUGGCUCGUUUCCCGGACAUUGCUGCAACUCCUAAUACCCUGUACUAUGCCGGCAGUACGACAAAAGCAAUGCUAGCAGCAGCGACGGGAGUAUUGAUACACGGGCCAAAAGACCAAUCUAACCCGUUACUGAGCACUCUGCAACACAAUAGGUGGGCUACGACAAUCCGGUCAUUGCUGCCCGGUAAAUGGGGCUUGAACGACGAGUAUGUCGCUGCCAACAUCACCAUCGAGGAUGCAUUAUCCCAUAGGACCGGUCUUUCCGGUGCUGAUUUCAUGUACGGUAACUGGAUGUCCAAUGAUCCAGGACUUAUUGUGCAGGCGAUGCCGCAUAUAGGAUGUCUCACCAAGCCGUUUCGAACUGCAUGGCAGUAUAACAACCUCAUGUACAGUGUUGUGGCGGACACACUCAAAGCUGUAACAGCACUGGAUUGUGGAGCAUUGUUGAAGAAGUUGCUGUGGGACCCUCUGGGAAUGACCUCGACAUUUUGGAGACUUGAAGAAAUACCGCCAGACAAGCAGGAAAACGACCUUGCAAGGGGAUAUUACUGGGUUGGAAACGAUCAAUCUCAGCAGAAACAGGAAGAAGGAUACUUUGUGCCUGAACCAUAUCUCGAAUUUGCGGGUAUUGCACCCGCUGGGGCGGUUAUAUCUUCUGUUAUGGAUUACUCAAGUUGGAUCAGUGAGCUCCUUGACGCGGCAAAACAAGUCAAGGACACCAGAAAUUCCGGUGGGCAGCAUGUCAUCACACCUGAGCUGUUCGGAGAGCUCACCACCGCUCGAUCGAUGCUGUUCGAGCCACCAAUGGGUGACCACAACCAACAUCGAGCGUAUGCCCUGGGCUGGGCCUUAGCGCCCCCUGUAUGUGGCAUUCAUCAUCCUAUCAUCUUUCAUGCUGGAGGUCUGAAUGGAUUCGGUACGCAAUUAUAUCUCCUACCGAACGACAGCUUUGGCGUGGUCACCUUGGGUAACACAGCGGUGUCGAGCAACAUUGUGGGAGAUGCUAUCUGUUUAAAUCUGAUCGGUAAAAAAUUGGGCCUGCACGGUGCAGAUAGAACCAAAUUCGUCGAGUCAAUAAGAUCGAAGCUGCCGCCGGACGCGGUCCCAGAGAUGGCAUCAAAGCCUGAGCAAGAAGAGUUGGCAGACUCCGCGCCUGCUAUUGGAGCAGAUGCGCAAAGAUUGCUGCAAUCCCUGGUAGGUGAGUACGAGCACCCUGCUUUCGGUCACUUUCGUGUGUCAGUAUAUGAAAGUGUCAGACAAGAUCGGCCUAUCUUGUACUUGCCAUGGGUGUCACAUUCGGAUCGUGCAGAACGGGACAAGCGAAGGAAUCAGCUUCCAUGCCUAAGUGUCGAACCCGUAGGGUCUCGAACCUGGAAAUAUUGGCUUCUCCUUCAUCCGCGCUCUGAUGUUGACCAAUGCGUGGAGGAUAUGGUCAGUCGUCGUAACGAGAACAGCAAAACCCUGUUCUUCGACCUGGAGAACUUGAACGCACAUGGAAAUACGGAGGACGACGCUCUGCUAGGUCUGCCGAGAGGCGAUGAGAGACCCGACAGAGCGCAGAUUAUGCGUGAUGAGGUCGUCUGGAAUAGCAAUGGCUGGAGUCAGAAAGGUGCUGCUCUCAAGCUCACUACUGCGGCAGCCCAAUUGGCGAAAUCCAAUCCCGUUUCGUGCACUCUGGGUAUGAGACUUCUCUCAGAACUUAUCGGCAAGGAUGGAGACGAAGAGGCCGGCUGGGAACAGCAGAUGGUCUGGUUUCAUCGCGUCGCAAGUGAGCUAUGA